GAAAAAUUUCCAUAGGAUAAACCGAUUAAAUAGCGUAUCCGAUUGUUAAUUUUGUUAUCCGAUUAAAUGAUAGGUACCUUUAUCCGAUGAAAUACAGUUGUCGAGAAAAUUUUAUCGAAAAGUUAGUCGCUCUCUGUAUAUCCGUUGAAUUUUCAUCGGAUAAAGUAAUGGUAUAUCCGAUGAAAGGUAUAAUAACCGUUGAAAUCGACAACGAAUAUUAUCGAAGAGGUACGAACAUUUCCGAUUCCGCGGAAACUAGCCUGCGCGAUUGCAUCAUUCGUCACCAUCGUCACUGUGCAAACCACGCUGUGCAAGUUCUAUCAAGCGCGAGGUACGAUUGGUGUCGCGACGAAGUGUCUUUCUCGUUCUCCUAAGUUAUACUCGAACCGAGAACUGUGACAAUGUGUGACAUACGCUCUACAUUAGAAGAAAUUGGCACAGAAGAGGAAAUCAUUGAUCUACUAAUAAAGGAAAAUGUUUUAGUGGAAGAUUUGAAAACUUUGAAAAAGCGUGAGCUUGAUGAAUUAAUUACGAAAUAUGGUCCAAGGAGGAGAUUUGGUAGAGCCUUAGUGAAGUGGAUGUCAUUACAAAGUCUUACGAUAGAUCCGGAACUAUUAAUGACAUAUGGUGAUAUCCAGUCCGCGUGCAUCAUUAGCGAGAAGCAAUCUUUUUCAUCGAGUAGUCCAUGCGAAGUUGCAUCAGUGGAUCAUUCCCCCAAAAGGAAUUUAUCGAAUAUUUCGAUUUCUACAAAUAUCAGCAGUAGCAGCAGUAAUUUGUCACUGAGCCCAUUUGCGUUUCCAUCGUAUGUAAACGAGUUUGUGAACAGCGAGCAAAUUACAGCAGAAAAUAAAGAGCUUGAAGAUACUCCAAAUCUGCAAGUAAAUGUUGAAGAUACUGCUGUUGAAUUUGCCACAAACAUUAAAGAGGAUUUCACAGAAGCAACUGCAGAGUCAGAGGACGAACUGAAAGAUUUUAACGACGUUACAACUGCCCCCAUACAAACAUCAAGUGAAAAAAGUGUUCAGGAAAGGCAAUCACCAAUUUCAGAUUUUAAUAUAUCAGAUUCUGAAGCUAAAAAUCCAUUGUUUAAUCUCCUACAUAAGAACGGGUCCCAUUUCCAAAAACUUAUUCACAACAUCCACCGUAAUGAUCUGGUACCAGUGGGAUCUGACAUCAACUUGAUAGGAAAAGUUACUGCCAAACAUCUCCUCAAUUUAGCCACUCCUCCGCAACGAAAAAUACCGACAAGCACUCUCAUAAGAUGGGCUGAAUAUUUUAAACGUCUGUUUCCAAAAACACCGACGUCCGCUUUUUAUUUCUUUAAAUACGAGUCGUAUAGACGUCCAAACGGUACCAUAGUUCAGAGAAAGAGAGCAGAAGGAGUACUACAGGUCCAGCUCUUUCAAGAAAGGAGGAAACUUAUUAAGGAAAACCGAGAUGCCCUGUUGAGGCAGCCAAGUACAUCAACUGGCGAAGACAGAGAUCCAUGUACUUCAAACGACACAUCUCAUAUCACAAACACUUGGAGGUCCGUCAGUCAAUCGGAAGGAGAAGUCCAAUUAAACACUGAAGUUCCAAGAGAAGUAUCUCUUAUACAGGCUGACCCGACAGUGCAGUCUCACCUUAACUAUUUGCAAAAUCCAUUACACCACAAGCUUAGCCCAGAAUUAGUAUCCUCCUGGAAAGCUACUUUUCCGUAUAGACGGAAGCAACUCUUGGAUCAGUCAGGAACAGUGUGGGAUUAUUUGAACGAAUAUACGUUUUUGCAAAUUGAAGAAAUUGGUAAAACCUUAAUUCAACAGGAUUUUGAAAUACUUUGUCCCGACUUAGACCCUGUAACAAGGUACUCAGGAAACUUAGCCCAAAAUUGUGAGAAAUGCAGGCUUGCAAUUAUUACAACUUCUUCAGCGGUUAUAAAAAGAGCAAGUCAACGAAAACAUAAGAAUAUAGCUACUCCAUUUUUUGAUUUGGCUAAACACGAUUCAAAUGUUACACUUAGAGUGACUGGAACUCUCUUGCUGCUUCCUUUUAUAUUUCCUUAUGUUUAUGUGCACAAAACGUGGAGACCAACGAGGACAGAUAUCGUGGAGUCUUUCGUCGCAAGAGUUUGCAGUGAAACGGAAGUUGAAGAGCACAUUGAAUGUCGACGUAAAUCGUGGGUUGAGAUAGCAAGGAAAUUGAAAAUAUCUACAUCUGUUCAACCUUACGUAUUAGCGGUAGGUCCCACGUGGGAUAAUAUCAGUCACAGUCACAUAAUUGUAGACAAAGUUUUAUAUACAUGUAAAAACGUUGUAGAGGCUGUAGAACUUUGUUUUAAAUUGUUUCAUGUUUUUCACUGUGAUUAUCCUCCUGAAAGCAAACACGUGUGGCAAAUGAUACAACAAGGUUUUUAUAACCUAUUUUUGGAGGAUCACGAUAUAAACCGAAGAACAAUUAUAAAGGCUUUGGCUGAUAUUGGCAUUUACGUGGAGGAAAAAAACUUACGAACUAAGUUAACCAAAAACUUAUAACGUCAAUACUUUUUCUAUUUUC